AUCACGUGACUUCACGUCUACCUGAAUGACGUAACACGGUCUACCUGGAUUUCGCUGUGGGCGUCUUGCCGCUAAGAAACCUUAAAUGGGCUGAUCGCAAACAUUUGCUGUCGUUCACUACUGUACAUAAGACGGACAUUAAAGAGGGGGAGAAUUCAGUAAGACAACAUCCAUUGUUUACAUUCACACGUUUCAUUUGGUACGACAGUAUGGCAUCCAUUUCAUCUGAACAAAACACACAGCCUAGUCCUCAGCUGCUGUUCGUAGGAGAAAACGAUAGUAAGCGGCUUUUGGAAGUGUUUGUCAAACGAAGCCUAAGCCUUAAUGAAGGAUCGCCUAGGAUACGUGAGCACAGGUCCAACAAAUUGGUCACCAUAGCAGAGAAGCAGAAGAGAGAUCGCAAACAUUCCAGUGAUACGUCCCUCAACCUGACUUCACAAAUCUACGAUGCAGAAGAGGAUUUCAGAGAGGAGCUCUUCACCCAAACCGAAUCAGAAAAAAAGGUCGAUACGCCGUCGGAGAAAAUGUUCAUAAAGUUGAAAAUUAAAGCAAGUGUGCGUCGCAAGAACGGCUCUGAUGCGUCUCAAAAGUCCAAUAGCAAACCUAAGAAAUGGUUUCAACGAGAAAAAGGCAAGGAAGAUGACGGACCAAACCAUGAGGCUUCACCUUUUCAAACCCAUGCGGUUGAAGAUGGUCAUUCAAAGACGUCAAACAAACUGGAGUCUUCUACUGAAGAAAGGAAGAUCGAUGGCUCUGACAUGUCUCAAAAGGUCAACAGCAAACCCAAGAAAUGGUUUCUGCGAGAAAAAGGCAAUGAAGAUGAUAGACACAACCAUGAAGCUUUACCUUUCCAAACAAAUGUGGUUGGAGAUGGUCAUACAAAGAUGUCAAAUAAACUGGAGUCUUCUACUGAAGAAAGGAAAAUCGAUGGCUCUGACAUGUCUCAAAAGUUCAACAGCAAAUCCAAGAAAUGGUUUCUGCGAGAAAAAGGCAAUGAAGAUGGUAGACACAACCAUGAAGCUUUACCUUUCCAAACAAAUGUGGUUGGAGAUGGUCAUACAAAGAUGUCAAAUAAACUGGAGUCUUCUACAGAGGAAAGGAAGAGCAAAGAGAGCAAGAAGCAAAAGAAACCCACAGUAUGGAAGAGUUUCUUGAAUUGGCUUACCAAAGGAAACCAGGAAAAGGAACAAGAAGUUCAAACGGCCGUAGAAUCGCCCCCUUCUUCAACACCCCCAUCACCACAGAUUUCAUGUUUACCUUUAUAUGAAAAAGGUGAUAUCGGUAUGCGCCGCUCCAAAAGUAUGAAAAAGAGACAAUCUCGGGGUUCAAUGAAAUGGAGGCGAAGUGGAGAUAUGUCAAAUGUGGAAAAUGGAAAAGUAAUUGAAAUGGUGGAGCCAACCAACUGUUACUAUGAGAAAGUGUCAGAGGAACUGGAGAAAAUCGUGCAUGAAGUAAAAGACAGCCCGGCUGAUGGGCACGCUGCUUUUCAACCAACGGGCCAGAAUGGUGUAAAAAACUAUGAGGAUGUUAUCAAGAGGAUCACAGAAGUGAUAAAACAGGAAGGCGACUUCAUAGAUGACAAGAUUAAAGACAACACCGUUGUGAGUUCAUUUCUGGAAGGCUUCUCCUACAGAUCUUUCCAGCAAAUGGCUGACCAGUAUGUCCAGUCGGAAGUUCCAGAUAAGGAAACCAAACGGCCCGUCGUUGCUCCAGAACUGGUGAAGUUCGCCUUUACCCUGGACUUCACAGCCAGGGUGGCAAAUCUCCAUCACCUAGCUACGGGCCAAAUCAUGGGCUUCGGAAACCAGUAUCUCCAAGAUCGCUUUACACAUAUGAGUGAGAGUCAUCCACAUCUCAAUGACACUCGAACAGAUGGACUUAAAUCAGAGAACCUUGACCAAGACUAUCCGAGCAUAUGAAGUGGUUUCCUAUUGGCAUGACUUGGCACUUUGAAACAGCAACACUGAGAUAAUGUGAACUUCACCAACAUUUUACACAUAAUAAUGGAUCUGAAAAUAGCACAGAAAACAAUCACAGCUUGAAGUUAACACAUAUAUUAUGUGAAUGCACAUUAAACAGAACUUUUCUGAAUAUGUAAUA